GGCAUUAUUUACAUCUGUAUGUGAAAAACCUACACGACCUAUCGUGCCCCCAUUUCUCCUGUUCCAUUUCUCCUAUUUGUAUAUAGCUAGCUAACUCAUGUCACAAUAGGCUUCCUAAAACAUGUAAACAAAAAAUUGACUCGGUAGAGUUAAUGGGGUUAGUUACACAACUUUGAAGUUACGCAAGCACUGUAUUCAGCGGAUUUGCAUUUUGCAUUUGUGGAAAUAUCAUAUAGCAGAUUUUUUGACAGGCCGAUCCCGACAUGAAGACAGUCAGUGAGUACCUGGAGAACGUUCUAGAGGAGACGGGUGGAUUUGGGAAGUUCCAGUUCCUUCUUCAUGGCAGCAUCCUCUUCAGCAAAGUGUCCAUUACUUGGAGUCUCCUCAUCAUGGCGUUCGCUGGGGCUGCUCCUGAUUGGUGGUGUGUCUACUCCAACACAACCGAUGUCCAUUCUACCGUGAACUACAGCAGCAUAUCGAACACGACCAUGACGUCACCGGCCCAUGACGUGUUUCAAGCGUCUAAAACAUGUUCACCGCCAUCAAAUACCUCAGUUUGUCAGGCUUUUGUCUUUGAUGACAGCAUGAAGACAAUCAUUAACGAGUGGGGAUUGAUCUGCGACAAAAAAUGGGUGACAGCAACUGUUUCUUCGAUACAAAUGGCGGGUCUUCUCAUUUCCGGUUUUCUAGGUGGACAGCUGGCGGAUUUGCUGGGGAGGAAACCAACAUUUUUCGUGUCGCUUUUCAUUUUAUCCGCCUCAAAUAUUGUGGCUGGAUUUUCCCAGUCCUGGUUGAUGUUUGCUGUGAUCCGUUUUAUUAUCGGACUGGGAUGUGGGGCGUAUCUCACCGUAUUCUACACAUUCUCUGUGGAGUUCACACCAACUAAAUUCCGUCCCAUUCAAUUGGCCGUUCCUGAUUGGUCAAUCUGGGCCGCCUUGUUGGGACUUUGCUCCUAUCUGUUGAAGGAUUGGAGGAGUCUUCAUAUUUUGACUGGAGUUUUAACAGGAAUUAGUCUCCUUUCUUGGUGGAUUGUUCCUGAGAGUUUCCGAUGGUUAGUAUCACAUGACAAAUUGAAUGAAGCUGACAGAGUCAUCAAGAAAAUUGCUCGCUUAAACAAUCAUCCCAAACCCGACCUAAAUAAACUCCAAAAUGUUGUAGAAUCGGAUGCUACGUUUCAAGGAGACAGGAAAUAUACAUUUCUAGAGCUAUUUCGGAAUCGAACACUACUGAUCAACACUGCUUUAGCUGGUGUUGCCUGGUUCUCCUGUGGUUAUGCCUACUAUGCCAUUUCCUACAGCGUGGACCAACUCUCAGGAAAUCUCUACCUCAACAUGUUUCUUCUUAGUGUCAUCGACAUUCCCGCUCUUAUGAGCAUUUGGUACCUUAGUAACCGUAUCGGUCGUAGAUGGACCUGUCUUGGAUACUUUGUGCUUGGCUCCCUCGCUUGUCUGGGCGUGGCCGUAUCUCAAAUGAUAGAUGUGGACAAAGAACUGCAGAAAAGUCUGAUAAACGGAUUUGCUCUGGCGGCCAAGCUUGGAGUCUCUGCAUCCUGGGCCGCCAUAAUGGCCUUCACGACGGAAGUUUAUCCCACUGUCGUCAGAAAUAUUGGUUAUGGAACUCAGAAUUCCAUUUCACGGAUAGGAGCGCUUAUUGCACCGCAAUUUGUUUUGCUGAACAAAGAGACUCCAGGGGUUAUGUAUAUCAUCUGUUUUGUUGUGUCCCUAAUCUCAGCUGUCACGUGCCUUUUGCUGAAGGAAACCAAAGACAAAACGAUUGGGGACAAUUUGGAGAUUUCAGUGAAGCAGAGGUCUGGGAGACGUGUGUAGAUUGACGGUAGUGUGCCAGUAGACGUCAGGGCUUCCCAGUAUGAUCAGGAUCCUAUGAUACUAUGCAAUAUGUCGAAAACAAUUAUAUUGUUUUAUACGAUAUUAUAUUUAUACUUUAAUUAGUUUAACAUAAAGAAGUUAGCAUAGUAGAAUAAAUUCAAUUCAGCCAUAUUUAA